CAGUUUAUCAGUGUUUUUAUGUUCUAAUACUUUUUGUAGAGUUUGAGAAGUCUUGUCUGUGAGUGAACUUGGACUAGAAACGUGUAAAAGUUUCUAUUGUUAGUAUGUAAAAUCGUAAAUGGUUUGCUGAAAAUAAUUGGUUAUUCGGAAACAUUUGUUUCGAUAUUAAUUUAUAAAUUGACUAGGAAUAAAUUUAACAAUCAAAAUGCUGUCGAAUUUGAGAAAAUGUACAUCUAUUUCAAAAAUGAAAUACGUUCCGGCUGGAAAUUGUGAAACUUGGUUCAAUUCAUGGACAAGAGUGUUUGGAAGACGUGAUAUUGGUAGAAACUUAUUUCUAAGCAAUGGAAUUAUCAGCAAUAACUUUUCAACAAGCAGUAUAUGUGUGUCGUCUGCCUCAAAAUUGGAUAGCAUAUUUCCGAAUAAAGGAAAGUUUCCGAGUAGGCAUAUAGGACCAAGACCUGAUGACCAGACUUCAAUGUUGGACUUACUAGGAUUUAAGUCAUUGGAUGAGUUAAGUGAAAAAGCAGUCCCAAGAAAUAUUUCUCUGAGGAGACCACUGAAUAUUGAUGGCCCAGUUGAUGAGUAUGAACUGAUUAAGAAAAUAAAGAAGAUUGCCGAAAUGAAUGAGGUAUGGCGCUCGUACAUUGGCAUGGGAUACCACAACUGUUGUGUUCCUCACACUAUACAGAGGAAUAUGUUUGAAAACCCAGGAUGGACUACCCAGUACACACCAUACCAGCCAGAGGUGGCUCAGGGUCGUUUGGAAGGCCUGCUCAACUAUCAAACAAUGGUUUGCGAGUUGACUGGCAUGGAAGUUGCCAAUGCUUCACUUUUGGAUGAGGGAACCUCAGCAGCUGAAGCCCUGGGUUUGGCUCACAGGCAUACAAAAAGGAACAAAAUUUUCCUUUCUGAAAAAGUGCACCCACAAACCAUAAGUGUGGUGAAAACGAGAGCUGACUCAUUGGGCGUUUCGGUCGAGGUUGGAAACAUUCAGAAUUUGGAUUUCAGCGGCAGAGAUAUUGCAGGUGUGCUUUUUCAGUACCCAGACACCGAGGGAAAUCUCACUGAUGUCACUGAGAUUGUUCAGAAAGCACGAGAGAAUGGAACGAUCACAGUCUGUGCGACAGACCUGCUGGCGCUGUGCAUUGUUCGCCCGCCCAGCGAGUUUGACUUUGACGUGUGUGUGGGCAGCUCGCAGCGGUUCGGAGUACCCAUGGGGUACGGGGGACCCCACGCCGGCUUCUUCGCUUGCCGACAGUCGCUGGUGCGUCUCAUGCCCGGCAGAAUGAUUGGAGUUACAAGAGAUGCGAAUGGACAGGAUGCCUACCGUCUUGCACUGCAAACGAGGGAGCAGCAUAUCAGAAGAGAUAAGGCCACAAGCAACAUUUGCACAGCGCAAGCCCUACUAGCCAAUAUGGCUGCCAUGUACUCCGUCUAUCACGGUCCAAAGGGCUUGAAAGAAAUCGCCACAAGAGUGCACAAUCUCACUCAGGUUCUAGCCAAAGGUCUUGAGAACUCUGGGAAUAAGAUUGUACAUAAUCACUUUUUCGACACGAUAUUAGUGUCUCCAGUCGCUGAUGAGGAGCACAUACUUGCCAGAGCCAAAGAGAAGAAGAUCAAUCUAAGAUAUCUCGAUAACAACCUGAUUGGAGUUGCUCUGGACGAAACUGUUACACUGGACGAUGUAAAAGAUUUAUUAUAUGUUUUUGGCUCCGAUUCAUCACUGGAAGAGAUGGCCGAAAAUGAAGAUUUACUCAAAGGUAGUAUUUUGAAGUCUGAGUUCAAGAGGACAUCACCUUUUAUGACACACCCUAUCUUCAAUAUGUAUCACUCUGAAACAAGAAUUGUGCGUUACAUGAAGACUUUGGAAAACAAGGAUCUUUCACUGGUUCACUCUAUGAUUCCCCUGGGAUCAUGCACAAUGAAACUGAACAGUACAACAGAGAUGAUGCCGUGCAGUUUCCGUGAGUUUGCUGAUAUCCAUCCAUUUGUGCCCAGUGAGCAAGCCAGAGGCUAUAAUGCCUUGUUCACUGAACUCGAGAAGGACCUCUGUGAAAUCACUGGCUACGACAGGAUAUCUUUCCAGCCCAACAGUGGUGCCCAAGGCGAAUAUGCUGGCUUAAGAGUGAUUCAGGCUUAUCACAAUGCCCAGGGUCAGCACCAGCGAACAGUCUGCCUGAUUCCUGUGUCGGCGCAUGGAACUAAUGCUGCAUCAGCAAUAAUGGCCGGCAUGUCUGUCGAGCCAAUCUCUGUUACACGAAAUGGCAGUAUUGACAUGGACAAUCUCAAACAAAAGUUGGAGAAAUUCAGCGACCGUUUAUCAUGCAUUAUGAUUACUUAUCCAUCAACUUUUGGAGUUUUUGAAGAAACAAUUGCUGAAAUUUGUCGAAUGGCCCAUAGCUAUGGUGGACAGGUGUACAUGGAUGGAGCCAACAUGAACGCUCAGGUUGGUCUGUGCCGGCCGGGGGAUUACGGAUCUGAUGUCUCUCAUCUCAAUCUGCACAAGACGUUCGCGAUACCGCACGGCGGAGGAGGGCCUGGCAUGGGCCCUAUUGUAGUAAAAGAGCAUCUAGCUUCAUUCCUGCCGUCGCAUCCGGUUGUAGAGCUGGUUGAUCCACAGAGGCCGAAUAGUUUCGGAGCCGUGAGUGCGGGACCCUUCGGAUCGUCCUGUAUUUUGCCCAUAUCUUGGGCUUACAUCAAGAUGAUGGGCGCAGAAGGUCUGAGGCGAGCCACGCAGGUGGCCAUUUUGAACGCCAACUACAUGAGCAAGCGCCUCGAAGGCCACUACAAGACACUCUUCCAGAGUCCCGAGUCAGGUCUGGUGGCGCACGAGUUCAUCCUGGACAUCAGGGACUUCAAGAAGACGGCCAACGUGGAGGCGGCGGACAUUGCCAAGCGGCUGAUGGACUACGGCUUCCAUGCUCCCACCAUGUCCUGGCCGGUGACCGGCACUCUCAUGGUCGAGCCCACCGAGUCUGAGGACAAGCACGAGUUGGAUCGCUUCUGUGAUUCGCUUAUUGCUAUCCGAGAAGAAAUCGCUAUGAUUGAAGAAGGAAAAAUGGACAAACAUUUAAAUCCUCUGAAAUUGGCGCCACACACCCAACAACAAGUGCUUUCUGAUAAAUGGGAUCGGCCUUACAGCAGGGAGUUGGCUGCUUUUCCAAGGGAGUUUGUGAGAGCAGACAACAAGCUGUGGCCGACUGUGGGACGCAUCGACGACAUUUAUGGCGAUAAACAUCUUGUUUGCACAUGUCCUCCAAUACUGCCAAGCUAUAAUUACUAAGUCAUUUUAAACAUACUAACUUUCAAGUUAUAAAAAUAUUCACUAGAUGAAGAGCCAUUGACUAAUGAAAGUUAUACUCUUGAUAAUUGAAUCUUAGAAGUGAAAACCCGCUUGACGGCUCUGCGGGUCUUACGGGUCUGAAUCUAGUGUAUAAAUUAAAAAUAAUAUUACCUCAUUAUAUUUAUUUAGUUUAUAAGUGAAAAGUAUACAAACGUUCAAGGAAUAUCUCGUAAUAAAUACUUAUUUUUUCAUUGAAGCAGAAAGUUUAACUUUGUUUUUGGCUAGUUUUACUUAGUACAGGCUUAAAAAUAAUAUUACCUCAUUAUAUUUAUUUAGUUUAUAAGUGAAAAGUAUACAAACGUUCAAGGAAUAUCUCGUAAUAAAUACUUAUUUUUUCAUUGAAGCAGAAAGUUUAACUUUGUUUUUGGCUAGUUUUACUUAGUAUAGGCUUAAAAAUAAUAUUACCUCAUUAUAUUUAUUUAGUUUAUAAGUGAAAAGUAUACAAACGUUCAAGGAAUAUCUCGUAAUAAAUACUUAUUUUCUCAUUGAAGCAGAAAGUUUAACAAAUAAAUCAAGUUAAUUGUUGCUGUCAAGAAAUAAAAAAAUCUAGGUACCCUUUUUUAAAUUUUCUACUCAACAUGUUUCAACAGUAAUGUCAUUGUCAAGUGACUCACAACAUGACCGUUGAGAAAGCUACCCUAAGUUACAUUUGUGUUAUAUCGAUAGUUCUAGACAAUAGAGUAAUUUGUUAUGACCCACAGCGUAUUUAUUGAUUGAUUCAUUGACUACGAAUAUGAUUAUGUACUAUUGUUACCUUAUUUUUCAAUUAUUGUACUACUGGACAAAGAAAAAACUUCUAACUGGAAAUAGUAAUUAAUAUAACUGUAAUGUGGAUUAGACUGGUUCAAUUUUUCAGUCGUGAAGUAACUACUAGCUUUAACUCACUUGAUAAUGACAUUACUGUUGAAACAUGUUGAGUAAAAAAAUUAAAUAAAGGUAGGUACUUGGAUUUUUUUAUUUCUUGAUAAUUAUUAAUAGUAGCCCUAACAAAAAAGUAAUUGUUACUGUUAUGUCAAUGACAAGAAAAGUUGAAGUUUCUAUUUUAUUAUUUAUUCUCCAGCGCUUUUUACAUUAUCAAAAUAAAAAUUCUAGUCACUGUA